AUGCUCUUCUCGAAGACUCUUUCCAUUGCCGCCAUUGCCUUGGCCACCAUCGCGUCAACCUUUGUCGAAGCCUCUCCCAUCCCUGCCGAACCUGUCGAUGCCGUUAGCGCCUAUAUCCCCGUGAGCGACCGUAUCUACACCGCCGAGCAGAUCGAGGAGCACGAGCAGCUGAUGAAGCGUGCCUUCAAUGGCGCCAAUGACUGGAACUGCAAGCCUAAGGCUGGUCAGCGACCCGUCAUUCUCGUCCACGGUCUUAUCGGAAACGGCUGGGACAAUUGGCUGUACAUGAGCCCAAGACUCGCUGCAAAGGGCUUCUGCGUGUUCUCUUUGACUUAUGGACGUUACCAGAACAUCCCCCUGUUUGCCGGAUUGGACAAGAUGGAGAACAGCGCCGCCGAGCUGUCGGCUUUUGUCGAUAAGGUGCUUUCCGCGACCGGCGCAACCAAGGUCGAUUUGGUGGGUCACUCCCAGGGAUCGUUGAUGCCUCGCUACUACCUCAAGUUCCUUGGCGGACAAGCUAAAGUCGCCAAGUUUACAGCUUUUGGUGCCAUCGCCUACGGAACCAACCUCAACGGUCUCUACCCUUUCCUCAACUCCCUCGGCCUUUAUGACCCUAUUAAGAAGCUCGUCGAUCCCGUCUGCUUGUCGUGCUUCCAGCUCUUGGAGGGAAGCGACUUCUUGACCAAGCUCAACGCCGGUGGCGACACUGUCCCUGGUGUGGAAUACAAGUUCAUUGUCUCCAAGUUUGAUGAGGUCGUCACCCCUUACACCAACGGCAAGCUCCGAGACAACAACCCCUUGGUCCGCAAUGUCGUUCUCCAGGAUCUCUGCAGUCUGGAUUUGAGCGGCCACGUCCUGCAGAUGCUCGACCCCAUUGUCUUCAACUCCGUCAACGCCUUCAUCAACCCCAAGGCUUCCCAGACCGUCAACUGUCUUUCGGCCUUGACCAAGUAG